AUGUCGGAAAAUAAUAUUAAUUCAAAUCAUAAUAAUAUUACACAUCAGAGUUAAAGAAGGUCACCUUCACCAUAUAAUCCAAGGAGAUUCGAUAAAUUAGCUAGGGAAGAAUGCUGGAAUAAUGCUUAAAUAAUGGAAGGAAGGAAUCCAGAUCGAUGGAGAUUAGACGCGGUGGGAAAUCCAGUUUGCAAAGCCCUAAAUGCUUGCAGAGGGCCCUUAUGUUAUCAAUUUGAUCAUAUAGUACCAUAUUCUAAAGGAGGAGAAAGUAUAAGCAAAAAUUGUUAAUUAUUGUAAUCAUUUGUCAACAUAUACAAAUCAAAUAAAGAAAAUAUAUCAAAGGAUGAGUUGAAACAAGUAUCUCCUUAAUUAAAUUUCACCUCUGAAGUAUUUGAUGCUAUAGAGUAUGCUAUUUAUGGUUGA